AUGAGGUCUCAACUGUUUUACAUGGAGGACAUGUCGCAUCAGAGCCAUGCCAUUGAGAGUGGUGAUGAUAUAGCUACUACUGGUACAAAAGGAAACGAUGGCAAGAGUCCCUACCAACGACAACGGCGACUCUGUCGCAUAUUCAGCGGGGUAAUGGCGGCCUUUUUCGCGUAUCAAAUGUUUGUGGCCCAUGUCUUGGCGGGCAUGGUCCCCGACAUUGAAGUGGACAAGGAAACGGGGCGCAAACGGAUACGACGGAGACCCGAACGAUUGCAGAAAAUGGGGCUGGAUGGGAAAAUGAGACAACGAACACCACUAGACGGCAUCAUUGAAGGACACUUACAUUUGAUUGAUAUCACGGUCCCCACUCACGACGCCAUUACCAGUACCCGCUACAACGUGCAGGGAACCUUUUGCGUCAUUGAAUGGGCCAAACAACAAAAAGAUCCCGCCAGUGUUCCUCUCUUUUCCGAUCUCAUUGAAUCUUCGGCACUCUGUUCCACCACCACACACACGGCCGAUCUAUACGAUGUCGCCUACAAUGCCCGCCAGUGGGAUUUGCAUAUGCGAAACAACACGCUCAAUCACGAUAUUUGGAAACGAGAACAAAACAGACACAUUCCACAACCCGAAGCGGCACCCAUUGAACGAUCCAUUCCUCCCACGGCAUUUGUCUUUCACGAAAGUAGAUGCGGAUCCACACUCGUCUCCAACCUCCUCGCCGCAUUUUCGCCCGAAACCACCAAAGUCUACAGUGAAGCCGCCGCGCCGCUCAAAGCAUUGCAAGCAUGCUCUCAUGAUGGCGAAAAGUGUCCGAGUCAAACGAUCCACCGAACGUUGGUACGCGACGUCUUUUACAUGAUGGGACGCACCCAACGGGGAGACAUUUUUCAUCCCGACCACAAUGUCUUUUACAAACUCCAACCGGCCGCCGUACACUAUAUUCCGCUCCUCGAAACGUCCUUGUCACAACCCGUGCCGUGGAUGUAUCUGUAUCGGGACAAUGUUCAUGUCAUGCAGAGUCACUUUCAGGGAAGUGUCAUCGACCCAACCAGCGAAGAAACCAACUUUUUGGGUGUCAAAAAGGCACCCAAGUGUCUGGACGGGUAUCGUAGUACCGCCGAACAACCUCCAGUGCUGACACAACUCGUGGCACGGCAAGGACGUACCGUCCAGUCCUUGUCGGCCGAAGAAUACUGUGCCGCGUAUUUGGCAAGUUUAUCCGAAUCUGCCAUGCAACAUUAUCACACCGCUCAAAAACAGUCCCAGUGGCAUCAGAAAACACCCCACUUUUUCGUCAGUUAUCGACAAUUGCCGGAUGUCAUUUGGGAUCACGUGCUGCCCUCGCUCGGCAUGUCGCUCAAGGCAAAAGACAUUCAUCGCAUGGAAAAGGUCGCGGCUCUCUACACACAGGGACGUACCAGUGGAAAGAAACAAAUGGUGUUUACGGGCGACAAUGCCCACAAGGAAGCCAAUGUGCCGGCCAAAAUUGAUCAGGCUGCGCAUGUCUUUAUGGAUGCAACCUUUGCCAAGCUCGAGGCAUUGGCCAAUGCCACUCUCAAGGCUCCCAAAAUGGCCAAUGAUGAAGAAGAUGAGGGAGCAUGA